AUGCUGUCUCCACCUGCUGUCCUAGGCCUGCCAGGCCUGCCGGUCCUUCAGGCUGGGGCGGCCGCCCUGGCAGACCCCGUGGGCGCCCACCUGCCAGGGGAGCGCCCUCUCACCGCCGUCCUGCUGCAGACGCUGCGGGAGUGCCAGGUGGCCAUAGGGGCGUACCCCCCGUUUGCCUACGAUGCGAGUGGGGGCACGGGGCGGGGCACGGUGCGACCCCGGCCCGACGGACUCUUGGACCUGGAUUUUGAUCCACGCAGCCUCGUCAUCCCCAGCAUCGACUCCCACACGACGAGUGUGCUGGGGGUGCCCCUCCCCCCGCCCCUGUCCAUCGCCAUCCAGCCCCUGUCCCUGAGCGGCACGCUGGACCCCGCCACGGGCAGCAUGGAGUUGACCCUGGACGCGGACUUCCUGUUCACCGCAGGACCCCUCUACAAGGCGCCGCCCCUGCACGUGCACAGUUUGCUGAGCACGAAGGAUGGAAAGGGCGAGGCGCUGAAGGCCAACGGGAGCGCGCGCCUGGCCGGGACCGCCACCGUGCCCCGCACCCCGGAUGGGGCGCUGAACGCCUUCCUGGACCUGCCCACGGAGGCCCUGGCGGUGCUCUCCACCCACCUCACCUUUGUCUGA